AUGUCCUACAACAAGCCGGCCAGUCCGCCCCCUUCCUACCAAGCCCCGGCUUACUCCGGCAACUUCCACCAGAACGCGCCGAGCCCCAGUCCCGGACCUGGCGCCGCAGGCGAUUAUUACGGCGGUCAGCAGCAACAGGUCGGAUACUACCCGCAGCAACAAGGGUAUCCGCAGCAAGGCUACGGCGGUGGUUAUCCUCAGCAACAACCGGGUGGUUAUUACGGCGGUCAGAGCCCGAUGCAAUACCCGCAACAACAAUAUCCUCAACAAGGAUACCCAACUCAGCAGUACCAAGACGAUCGCGGCCGUCACAGCGGGGGUGGAUCUGGCGCUGGUGGCAUUUGUGCUGGUAUCAUGGCUGCAAUGGCAUGCUGUUGUUGCUUGGACAUUUUGUUCUAG